AUGGCAAUCAAAAACCACUUCGACCAUGACGUCCAUCACCAGCACUACUACACAGACUGGACGACUACAACCUUCGCUCGCACCCGCACAGAGAACCCCGACAAGGGACUACACGAGGUUCUGCAGAUCCUGCUUGACAAGCUGCAGCUAUGCCAGCGUGCCCUUGGCAAGAACUUUGAGGGCGAGGAUGCCCUACGUACCACUGUCAUCAAUGCCUGCCGAGGAGUACCAGAGCUUGAGAUGGCACUGUUCAAACCAGCCACAAUCUGUGAAGGACUCUUCUCAGACCUACGUUCUGCAGUUGAGACACACCUUGCACGGCAACACACUACCCAGAUGGUCACAGAGGACCAAUACUACUUAGAUCGCCGAUACAACGGCAAUGGAAGAAUCCGAGGUAGAUCUCGAGGUGGAGGAGGAUUCAGAGGCGGAUCUAGAGGAGCAUAUCGAGGAGGCGAGCAGCGCGACGACAACGGACGAGGAUUUAAGCCUCGCUGGAGGAAGAAAUGCUUUGUUUGCCAGAAGGAAGGAUGCUGGUCUACCAACCACACAGACGAAGAGCGCAAGGCUGCCCGUACACAGUUCUUCUCUACGCUAUACUUUACAGGUACACAGCCCCCCAAGGACUUCUCCGUACAUCUUGCAGAAUACGAAGGGAUCGAGCACACUAGCCAGUACAAUCAGAGAGGAUGGAGAGAGGAGGAAGACUGCGAGGAUGACGACGAUGACGACGUCGCGGAAGCAUACCUUGAACAGCAGUUUUUCACGGAGCAAUGCCUUGCAGAUCAGGCGUUCUUGCACCACAUCUCUGGCGACGACGUAUACCGCCAAGACGCGCCAUCAGCGCCAGCGUCACAGUUCCUGCUUGAAGACCGCUACCAGACUCCGCAACAAUCAAUCCAGAUUGGUCAGAUUGAUUGA